AUGUCAAUGCGCCGAGUGUACCGAGAUGCGUUGGCUACUCUUGUCCUGGACCGGAGCUUGGAUAGGCCAAGCAAUUCUUUCCUAGAAUACUCAGUGCGCCUUCUCUUGAGUUCGUGGCUACGAGGCUAUGGACUUUGCAGGAGGGCGUUCUCGCGCAGCGUCUCUUCGUCCAUAUCGGACUUGGAAAGCCUGGACAUUGCAGGUCUUCUUGCCGCGGGUCCUAUCGCUAGCGUUGGAAACUCAACGGCGCUAUACUACGAGACUAAGCCGAGCCUGUCUCUUAUCUGGUCUCACGUAAAACAGCACAUGCUAGAUAUAUCGAGGCCAGACAGUGCCUUAACUGUCAAUGGCCACACGGGCGAGGAUAGGGCCAAUCUCCAAAACACCGAGGGACGUGCACAAACCUUCCUGAAUUUGUGGCAAGCAGUCUCCUGGAAAACGAUUAGUAGAUUAGCGGAUGAAACUCUCUGUAUAGACCAUGCUAUUUCAAAGUUCCGUCUCUUACUGCAACAACUUAAAUACCUGCCGAAACAUCUUGUGUUCCAGAACGUCACACGUAUGGGGAAACCAGGUCUCCGGUGGGCCCUAGAGAGUCUUAUGGGUGGUAAUCGAAUAUGGAGCAGCGAGGUCUCCGGUCCAGCUGACAUCGGUCGACUAUUUAAAGAUGGGUUUGUCUUCACAUCACCGGGCUUUCUGUUUCCCAUAAAACGGGAUCUCAGGCCCCUUACAACCUAUGGAUAUUACUUCAUACUAGGGGGCCAGGAGAGGCACAAGGAUGAACUUUCGAAGACGUUUACAUUUUAUGUCGAGCCGAUGCCCGACCCCAACGUCUGCUGGUGGGCUGAAGAAGGAAAACGUCGACUAAGAAUUCAAAUCGACGAGAAUAAAAAACCGCUGGCAAUAAUUGCGUUGGGUCCAAUCUCUAGGCUUACAGGGGACAUGAGAACCAAGCCCGAUUUCAAAAACUUCAUGCCGGUUGCACUCGUGCUCGUUGAAAGCAGCAGCAGGGAUGGUAUCUUGGGGAGAUAUUUCUGCAAUGGACGCUUACGAUACUGCGAGGACACGGAGCAGGGGCUGGGCUCCAGUGUUGAUGUGACAGAAGUCCCGGAACAUAAGCAAUGGUGUAUCAGCUAG